AUGUCAAAACUUAGGUCUACAGUUGGACCAAAAGAUACUAUAAUUGAUUCUAAAGAAACAAAUGACAAGGAGACAAAGCUACUGGCUUACGUGAAUGACAACCGACACUUUUCUUUAAUAAGAGCCUUGCACCUUGCAGAUUUAAUUACUCUAUUCAAUGGAUUUUGUGGUGUUAUGAGUAUUUUCUCCAGUUUGCGCUACUGUCUAAGUGGCCAAACAAGCUCCAAGUAUCUGGUUCGUGCUAUGUAUUUUAUGCCAUUUGCUCUUUUCUUUGAUUUCCUCGAUGGAAAAGUAGCCCGCUGGCGUGGAAAGUCAUCUUUAAUGGGACAAGAACUGGAUAGUUUGGCUGACUUGAUAUCCUUUGGUGUGUGCCCUGCCGUUUUCGCUUUUUGUUGCGGCUUUCAGACCUUCCUUGAUUUAAUGAUCCUUAGUUUUUUCUGCCUCUGUGGAAUUACUCGUUUGGCUCGCUUUAACGUUUCCGUAAACUCUAUUCCUAAAGAUGAAUCGGGAAAAUCACAGUUUUUUGAAGGAACCCCAGUUCCCACUACUCUUGGCUUGGUUUCUACACUUGCUUUUUGCAUGGUCAAAGGAAGAAUUCAUGAGGAACUUCCAGGCGGCAUUUGGUUUUCAGGCACGCCCUUUGAAGUCCAUCCCAUGGUAUCUCUCUAUGCCUUGAGUGGAAUUGCUAUGACCAGUAAGAAACUUCGUGUCCCAAAGUUUUAA